AUGAUGCGAAUGAAUGGCAUUGAUGAUGCACAUGAAGUUGUUCCAAAAUCUCUUCUCCCUGGCUACGUUCAAAAGGGAUUUUUCUAUCGAUGUGUCCUAAAAGGUGUCUCGCCAGAUUUGGACGAUCUCGGUUUGAUUUCGCAGCCACCACGUGUGGCUCUGGCCUCAAGAGUACAGAUGCCCAAUUUACCCGCUCUGUUACUGCCAAUUGAAGCAAAUGAAUUUAUUCGUGUUCGAAUCGCAUUUGUUGAUGGUACUGGUUUGUCUUUUAUUUAA